UUUUAUUUACACCGUUGCCAUAAAGGAAACGCGUCACUGUUCAUGUAUAAACCUGCAAGCUUUAUGUGCAGGUACGCCAUAUAUUUGUAAUUUAAUAAUUCAUUUCAGAGGUGAAGUGGACAGCUGGAAUUUUAACACCGACGUUUUAAACUGUCUGAUACGUGUAGUACAGUUUCCUCAUCCAAUAAAACAAUGGCGUUUUGGAGAACAAAAAAAUGGUCAUACAUGUACAGAAAACAUAACUCAAGCAUACAUGACGAGAUGGACGUUUGUAGUAUGUUUGACUCGAGUGAUGAGUCCGACUCAAGUGAUGAGUCCGACUCAAGUGAGGAGUCAGACUCAAGUGAUGAGGCGGACUCAAGUGAUGAGUGUGACUUAAGUGAGGAGUCAGACUCAGCUGAUAAGUCUAAAACGGGAUAUAAAAGAAUUAAAAGUAAACAUCCGAGAAGCACUUAUAAUGUUGAAGACAAAAAGGAGAAAAAGGAAAACGGGAAUAUUAUACAGCAUAUAUACAAUACAGGUCUUGAUCAUGAUGAUUGGAGCAAGGCUAUGGACACUUUUUUGGUAUGCAAAAUAAAUGGUGUUCACAAUCCUAACAUUAUGCGGAACAACCCAGAAAAUCAUGCGGAACAACUGUUGAUACGGCAUUUAAAAAAGAAAUACAAAGAAAAGAAAAUGCCGUUCAAAUUAACUGUAUAUAUUAACAAUUCCCCUUGCUCCAUGUGCGCUAAGGCUUUGGAAAACUUUUUAAAUAAAAACCAAAAUGUAAAGCUUACAUUCUAUGUCACAAAUAUGUAUCACAUUAAACGAACCUCUUGCUUCAAAGCAAGACAUUUUGAACAUUUAAAUAGUAUUCCAAAGAAGAGUCACAAAGCUAACUCUGAGGGUUUGAGAGAUCUUCUGAGACAUAAACGAUGUAACAUCAAAGCCUUCAACAUGGGUGUCUGGAAGGAAUUACUAAAUACUGUGGAUGUGCUACCAAAAUUAAAAACGAAACUAAUAGGUGGAUAUAACAGAAUUCAGCACGCAAACAAGAGAAGCAGAGGAUAUGAAGAUGACCUUAUCAAGAAAGAUCUGAUGUACUUGAAAUCAUAUAAGAAAUAAUUCAUAUAGAAUACUUCCGAUGCUUUAUACUGUAUUCUGUAAGACAGAUUUGCUAAAAAGGGUAACUUUUUGCUUAGCACUAUAAUUGUCUUUUGACAGAUUUUUUUGCAUGAACAUUAUUUGAAAAAAACCCUGAAAAAAACAUUGUUAUACACAAACUAAAACUUCAUCCUGCAACCUCCCUUCGCAUUUAUGAUAUUUAAGUAACAAAAGAAAACGAAGCUAUUUUAUACAUAUCAGGAACAUAGUGUAUCGAAAAUCCUUAGCUAGAGAAGAUAAUGCUCCAGUCUACGCUUGUGUACUUAUUCUAUAAUCAAAAGCAUUGUUUCGUCAUCUUGUUUCCGUUGUUUACGCCUAGCGCAAAGGUUUAAAUGAAAAUUGUUGACCAAUAUGUAUCAGAAGGAAUUAAACACUUGUGGCGUUUGGUUGUGGGAAAAAACGUGCAUGGUUCUACAUUGCACCCUCUUACUCCAUCCAAUAGUAUAUAUCGUGUAUUUAAAGAAAAUAACCAUGUAUCAUAUUUAUUCUUGUUUUUAUUUGUUUGAACAAUUUAAACAAUAGCAUUGAUGUUCUUGCUAUGCAAAUGGAAUUGAUAAACACAAUACAACCUAAUAAUUCAUGUUUACGUCCAAGUGAAUUUAUUAAACAACUACUUAGCAUUAGUGCGUUAAAUAAACAUGUAGAAAUAUACCAUCAUAAUUUUAUCCAUCAAAAACUUACUAUGACGCACCCAAUAGUAGUAAUCUUACGCAAUUUAUAAUUGUAAUGCUCUUGCCCAUUUGUAAGCCUAUCCCAUACAAUUCAGCACACAAUUGAUUGUUGGCUUGUUACACGAUGCAUUACAUGUAAUAAAUAAUACACUAUGUCCAUAAUAAAACAUAGGUAAACAUUGUUCGCAAGUCUUAUGUACAUUAUGACAUCCGUGUUGUGCGUAAUACAAAUAUUGACAGGGCGUGAUCAAAAUAUAAUUUGAUGAUUGUCUAUCAAAGUUAUUGUUGCUAUUGGUAUAUGUUUCUACUUGUUUACAGCUUUUCGACAUUUUAAACAAUGAUCAGAAAAUUUUCUUUCAUAUUUAUUUAUGCAUCAAAUAUGACUAGAAGAAAACUAUAUUCGGUUCUAUCUGAAAGUAGAUAAUUUGAAAACUUUAGGAAGAACUUUUAUUCUUUGCUUACAAAAGCUUUAUUAAAACAGAGACUUAAGGUAUUUAUUCUGUAAAUAUAUUUACAUUUAAAAAUGAUUAUGUUUUAAUAAAAUCUUGCAG